GAGACCCCCCCCCACGCCGUUAACCCGACAACAAAGCGGGCUGAUGUGGGACAGAAAAAGGGGGUGAGAGGUCGAGAAAAAAAUAAAAUAAAAUAAAUUAUUUUACGUAUCUUUGGGGGCCCCCUUUAGGUCAGCCGACAGGAAGUUAGGUCUCAGCAACAGGAGACUCGGGUCGCUCUUAACAGCAGGUUCAGUCCAUUAUCCCGCAAUGGGGGACAUGAAGACGCCCGAUUUUGACGACCUGCUUGCGGCGUUUGAUAUCCCAGAUAUCGACGCAAAGGAAGCUAUCCAGUCCACCCCGGACGAGCCAGAGGGGGGCCACAGACAGGGGGCGGACCCCCACUCAGAACCCCCGGGGGUGAGCGUGAUCGUGAAGAACACGGUCCGGCAGGAGGGCUUCGGAGAGGCGGGGUCGGACACGGAGAAGCCCGACGGGAGACCGCCUCCGAGCGGCGGGGGGGUCGCUGCGGUGACGCUGGCCAUCGAGCCCAGCCUGGCGAUGCGGAACGGUUUCGGAGUUCCCUCCCCCGUCUCCUCCCCCUCUUCCUCCUCCUCCUCCUCCUCCUCCUCCUCCCCGUCCUCCUCUCCCUCUUCCAACUCUUUUUCUGUUUCUUCGAUUGCCGCUGAUUCCUCCUUGGCUUCGAAGCCCCUCGCUUUGCAGGACCCCCAGACCGUAUCCAACGGCAACCUGUGGUCUCCACUCUCGCCCAAGACCCCCAGAGAGACAGCAACAAACAGCAGCAGCAGCAUUAGGGGUAGCAUCGCUAGCUUGAGUGCAGGAAACAGCGGCGACCCGAGCGACCGCUGUAAGGUUACAAAUAUAUUCUCCAGGCUGCGUCCUCUGGUGGCUCAGAGCCCGGUGGAUUUGAUAGGGAAGGUUAGGGAGCGGAAGCAGCAGCAGCAGCAGGUUCCUCUCCAGCAGCACAGGAAGAUACAGGGAGACGGAGGUGGAGAUGCUCUUGAGGAUGAGGAGGAGGAGGAGGAAGAGGAUGAUGAAAUGGAAAUUGCAGAAUCCGCUGCUUCCAGUACCUCUGGGGUCUCUGUCUCGGUUCCUCCGGUUUCUGAUGCAUCUCCCGGCGUUGGGGUACCUUUCUUCGUCCCUCCCAAACCUGCUCCCGCCCCCCUCUCUCCAGCCGCCGCUACCAUUUCCACCCCCACGUCCACGCUCAGUUUGGAACCCCAAAAUAACAACCCCCCCGGGAUCGCUGCCCGCCUUUUGGGGAGCCCUCCUCCUCUGCCACCUGAUCCCCCCUCCUCCUCCUGCUCCGUGCUCUUCGAGAGAAACAGUGGGCGCCCCGCGGGGGGGAAGUACUCCCCAGGUUCGACGGGGUUCUGCUCUGAAGAAUCGGAGCCGGAUAUUGGGAGCCCCCUGGUGAUCCAGGAGAGCCCGGAGUCUCCCAGCUCUUCCCCUCCCAGGACCCCCAGGGAAAACGCUCGCGAGCCGAGCCCCGCGGCACCCCAGAAACACCCUGAAGCGCCCCCUUGCCCUCCUCCCUUAACCCUGCCCCAACCCUCACCCCAGUCCUGGCCCCAGCCGCACUGCCCUGACACGACGGGCAAUCUGGUAAGCAGCAGGAAAAAAAGCCCAGAGCACAUUGUAGAGGAACGGGAUUCUCCCCAAAGCCCGGAACCGGAGAUCCAGACUCCCCUUAAUAACAAGACUCCAGUUUCCAACAGUGUGGCUUCUGCUGGCAGUUCCGGGGGCAGCGACAGUAUUGCUGGCAAUAAUAAUAAUACCAAUCCUGCUACUUCUCUCCCCCUGCUCUCCAGCAGCCCCGGGGCAAAGAAAGAAGGGGGGGAAGGGGAACCCAAAUCGAGUUCCUCUCAGACCACCGCGGAAUCCCGUUCAAUCCGGGACAGUCCGGAGAGCCCUAGCGAGGAGGAGGAGGAGGAGGAGGAGGAGGAGGAGGAGGAGGAGGAGGAGGGAGGUGGGGAAGAAGGGGAGGUAACGGGGGCAGCAGAAGAAGGGAGAGGGAGCGCGAAAGCAGGGAAGGGAAAAAAUAACAACGGGAAAGGCGGAAACAAAUCUGCAUCGUCCUCGUCGACUUCUUCCUCCUCCUCGGGUCCUUCUAGACCUUUAAAAGUCCGGAUCAAAACCGUCAAGACCUCGACGGGCGGGAUCACCAGAACUGUGACCCGCGUGGCUCCGCGCUCGGCAGCGCCCGCCGGGAUUCCUCGCCCUCCCACGGCAGCGAUGGAAACAGAAGCAGCGGGAGGAGCAGGAGGGAGCAGGGAGGGAGCGGGCAGCCGCAAGCCCACGCCGACGGCCGUGGCGCCCAAGAGGAAGCUGGUCAGCCUGCAGCUGGGCGAUGGGGCUCGACUCAAAGGCGCCAUCCUGCCGGCUUCCACCAUCCAGAACGCCAGCGGCGCCAUGCUGAUUGCAGCCAGCAAAGCGCAGGGCAGGAUAGCGGCGCUGGCGGGGGCGGCGAAACCAGAAAAGUCCAAGCCUCCAGCCAAAGCCGCCAUGGGCCGCCCGGCGUUGAGCCCGGCCAACCAGAAGGCCCCGAGCGGCGCGGCGGUCGCCUCCAAACCAGCGUCCAUCGUGAACAGCGGCGGCGCGGUCAUCUCCCGCAGCCAGACCAGCCUGGUGGAAGCCUUCAACAAGAUUCUGAACAGCAAGAACCUGCUGCCCAGUUACCAGCCCGACCUCAGCCCCCCGGCCGAGUGGAGCCUGGAGCUGCCCCAGUGCGGUUACCGCUGCCUGGAGUGCGGGGACGCCUUCUCCCUGGAGCGCAGCCUGGCGCGACACUACGACCGGCGCAGCAUGCGCAUUGAGGUGACCUGCAACCACUGCGCCCGCAGGCUGGUCUUUUUCAACAAGUGCAGCCUGCUUCUCCACGCCCGGGAGCACAAGGACACCGGCUUGGUGAUGCAGUGCUCCCACCUGGUCAUGAGACCCGUCUCCGUGGAGCAGAUGAUCGGGCAGCAGCCGGACGCCACUCCCGCGGGGCUCGCCAAAAGCCUCCGAAACGCGCCGCCCGGGGUUUCCAACGGGGCGCAGGGCUCCCCCGGGGAGGCUGGCCCCGGGAAAAAGAAGGAGACCCCCCCCCAGCCGAAGCUCCAGCCCCCCGGCGCUCCCCUUCAGCCCCAGCCAGCCAUGCCCCUCAGCUGCAGGAAGGAGGAGCUGCUGCAGUAUCGCAGCUUCAAAUGCCCCGAGUGCAAGAAGCAGUUCAAGGGGAAGACGGAGCUCGCGGCUCACUUUCAGGAGGUCAUCUCCGGAUCGGAUUCGAGCUGCACCCAGUGCGCCCCGGUCAUGAUGAUGUCGAACCCUUGCAGCGGCUCUGCUCACAGGCGGAUGCACCGGCACCAGGCCCCCCACGUGUGCCCCGAGUGCGGGGGCGUGGCCCGGCCAGCCGGCUUCCAGACUCACCUCAAAGAGGCCUGCCUGCAUUUCUCACGACGCAUCGGGUACAAAUGCUCCAGUUGUCAGGUUGUGUUCGGAGGGCUGAACUCCAUCAAGUCUCACAUCCAGUCUGUUCACUGCGAGGUCUUCCACAAGUGCCCCACCUGCCCCAUGGCCUUCAAAUCGACCCCCGGGGCCCACGCUCACAUUAGCACCCAGCACCCCAGCCUGGAGAACCAGCAGGCCAAGAUGAUUUAUAAGUGUGUGAUGUGCGACACUGUGUUCACCCACAAGGCUCUGCUGCACACUCACUUCGACAUGCAUUUAGCUAAGCAGAAGGUGCACGUGUUCAAGUGCCCAGACUGUACCAAGCUGUACGCGCAGAAACACUCCAUGAUGGAGCACAUCAAGAGCGCUCACCGCAACGGGGGCACCAAACCCGAGCCCCCCCCUCCAGCCCCCGCCCAGCGCCCCUCCCCACAGAAAGCGGUGCGCUCAGCCGGGCCGGUGAAACUAGAACCACGCCCCUCCAGCUCCUCUGAAGACGAGGGGGAAGAAGAGGAGGAGGAGGAAGAGGAGGGGGGCGGCGGCAGCUCCCCCGACCCCCCCAGCUCUCUCCGGGACGGGGAGGAGCAGGAGGAGGAGGAGGGGGGUGACAGGGUCCCAGAGUGGCGCUGUUUCGAGUGCAGGGCCCGCUUCUCUGAGAGAGACGAGUAUAUCACACACAUGAGGAAGGACCACGGCAAGUCUGUGAAGAAGUUCCCGUGCCGGCUGUGCGAUCGUUCCUUUUGCUCCGCCCCCAGCCUGCGGCGUCACGUGCGCGUCAAUCACGAGGGCAUCAAGCGCGUCUUCCACUGCGAGUACUGCACGGAGGGGAAACGUACCUUCAGCAGCAGACUGAUCCUGGAGAAGCACGUGCGAGUUCGGCACGGGAUUCGAACCUGGGGCCCCUCCAGCGAGCCUGAGGGCCCGGCACGCAAACGCAGAGCUCCCCUGGAGAGGGACAGCUCCUCUGACACGGAGGGGGGAGCAGCAGCAGCAGGAGGAGGGGGAGCGAGGAGGAGGAGGAGGAUGAGGGCGGGCACCCCGACAAAAAUCAGAAAGCGCAAGGCCCCCCAACCCCAGCCCCAGGCAGAACCCGCCGGGCCCUUCAGCUGCCAGAAGUGUGGCUUCACCACAGAGUCCCGGCCCGAGUUCCAGGCACACAUCCCCCAGCACCACAGCGACGAGUCCUCUCACCAGUGCACCCACUGCGGGCUCUGCUUCGCCUCGCAGCCCUCCCUCAACCGCCACUGCUUCAUCACCCACCGCGUCAAGCAGCCCAGCCCGCCCGGGGACCCCAGCGAGGGCGAGGGGGAGGAGGGGCAGGGGCAGCAGGGGGGGCUCUCCUGUCAGGUUUGUGGGAAGCUGUGUGAGACGGCGGUCGAUCUGCGCACUCACUUUCGGACACACGGCAUGGCUUUCAUCAGGGCCAGGAAGACUGGGGGAGCAGAGAAAUAGACUGAGGGGACGGGGGGGGGGCUCCAGCACCACCCCCAACUGUCCUGGGGUUCAGAGCUCCCCUCAAUGAAGUCUAUUAUUAUUAAUAUUGCAAUGAUCAGGAGCCAGGAGUUUGAG